CCUAAGGAAACGGAGAGGCAGCGGGGAGCAGCGCGGGUAUAAGAGCGGCGCUCAGCGGCGCUCCUGCACAAACCAGAGCGAGGAUGGGAGUCCAGGGACUGUGCACUCUGUUGGAGAAUCACCGGGACGUCUACCGGGACGUCCAGUUCAGGCAGAGCCGGCUGGUGAUCGACGGCUGCAACCUCAUCUACCUGCUGUACUUCGACGCAGGUCUGGACCAGAAUCACGGCGGGGAGUAUGCUGCGUUUGAGGCGCUGAUUGAGAAGUUCGUCAAAGCCCUCAGAGACUGCCGGAUCACGCCGUACGUGGUGCUGGACGGAGGCUCGGACUACACGGACAAGAAGCUGGAAACUGUGACAGAAAGAGCCAAAGAUCGCAUCAUUAGAGCCCAUCAAGCGGCCAUAGAGGGCAGUCACGAGGGCAUCCUGCCACAGCUGGUCAAGGUGGUGUUCAAACAGACGCUGGCACGGCUGGAGGUCCCGGUGGCUAAGUGCUACGGAGAAGCUGACCAGGAGAUCGCCGCCCUGGCCAGCGAGUGGCGGUGCCCGGUGCUGUCCAAAGACAGCGACUUCUACAUCUUCGACCUCCCGAGGCCGGUGGGGCUGCUGCCUUUAUCCGACUUCCAGUGGGAGGCGGUACAAGGGAGUGGCUCGCAGAGCUACAUCCCCUGCAAGGGCUACACCACGACCAGCUUCUGCAUCUUCUUCCAAAUCCAGCCCCAGAUCCUGCCCGCCUUCGCCGCUCUGGCAGGGAAUGACUACGUGAAGCUGCAGAGGAGGGAGUCGCCCAUCAAGUGGGCUCAGUUCGCAGCUGGCAGCUGGAAAUCGAGCCGCCUGCAGGGGCUGCUCCGCUGGCUGAGGCGCUUCAACGAGCCGAGGGACGCCUUCGAGGCGGCGCUGGGGCUGAUGGGAGGACUGAGCGAGGACAAAAAGAAGGAGCUGAUGCAGGAUUUGCAUCUGGGCAUGGAGGAGUACAAAAUCCCUCCCAGCGCCCUGAAAAAGUUCUUCAUCCAUGGGAUGGUGCCUCCGUUUCCAGCUGUGGAAGCGGUGGCGGGUCGUGUCCCAAACUGGGUCCGGCUGCCGCUGACGCAGGCCCAGCUGACUUCAGACAUCCUGGACGUUCUGCUGCUGCGCAGGAACUCGCUCCACAACCCUGUGGAGCACGCUGACAUGCCCAGCUCUCAGCUGACGUCCCGGCCGCUGCGCCAGCUGAUGUACGGGCUGCUGCUGGGCGAAGGCGAGGAGGUGAUGGAGCGAGACAGAAACGGCCUGCAGAUCGAUUUCAUCCCAGUCAAAGCUGUCGUCCCAGGCACCUGCCAGCACCUGAAACUCAACUCGCUGGAUCAGGCGGAGCCCUCUCUGUGCCUGCAGGUGUUACUAGAGGCUCUGGGCGUGACCGAGGCCUCUUUGAGCAACCUGCCGCCUCUGCUGCGCCUCCCAGUGGCCGCCACCUGCUACUGGCUGCGGCACGCUCAGCCUCGGCCGGACGAGACGCUGCUGAAGGCGCUGCUGCUGGGCCUGAGCACUGGAGACGCACUGAGACAAAGAGCAGCUCUGCAGAUUCCAAACCAGCAACAUAGGCAAAAGCUGGACUUGGGCGUGGUUCACGCCAUCAACCAAUGGAUGAGCUGCCUGAGGGUCAGCAUCCAGCUGAACCAGCUGCUGGGCUUCCCCUUACCUGAGCCCCCGAUCGCCAGGUUGUUUCAGGGGACGUUGAUCCACCAGCUGGUCCACAGGAUGAGGUCAGGAGCCAAAGUGAAGCCCUUUCCGAAGAAGGAACGCUCCAGUGCGAGACUGUACCACACCAUGCAGACCGUCGUCCACCAGUUCCACACUGAGGAGGCGUCUGCAGCCCUAGAGGGCCACCAGCAAGCGUCUGCGGUGGCCGUGGUGGCGGCUGCUCCGCGGCGGCAGCCUCUGGACGAGCUGACCACCAACCUGCAGCAGCUCUUCCUCCUGUACGGAGACGGCGACGAGGAGGCAGCGACCGAAGCGUGCAGCACGGUCAAAGGGCAGGAGGAUCUGUAUCUAAGCGAACUGGUGUCAGUGAAAACUCGCUACAGAGCCAAAGAGAGAAACAACCGGUGCAGGAACCCAGAACUGGCCCGCAAAGAGGAGUGCCGGGGCUGGGACCUGCUCUGAACACCCCCGCGGCAGAUUUAUGGACUCUUGGAGCACUCACACUUCACUUUUUUUUUGUUUUUAAACAUUACCACGCCAUUAAUUAACUCAUUUAAAGCGGCAUGCGCUGAUUUUAAAGCGGCAUUCGCUCAUUUUUAGCCACUUGGUCGCAGUGACAAAAUCGGACAUAUGAGCUCCUUUUACAGGUUUUUAUAAACUUAUAUACUGUCAACUCAGUCUCACGGCAGUUCGUGAAAUGGUCACGAAAUUUAAUCUAUUGAUUCGUGUACACGGGGACGU